AUGAAGAACCAACAAAAAAGAAAUAUAAAAAAUAUAAAUACAAGUAAUAAAGAUGAUAAAAAUAUAAUAAAUUUUGAAAAUAACGAUAAUACACGACAUAAUAAUAAACCUUCGAGAAUAGGAGGCAGUAAUGAAAUAUCAAAUAAAAAAAAUAUUGAAAAGGAUGAUAAAACAGAUGAAAAUAUGAAAAAUAAAGCAAGUGAAAAUAUGAAAAAUAAAGCAAGUGAAAAUAUGAAAAAUAAAACAGAUGAAAAUAUGAAAAAUAAAACAGAUGAAAAUAUGAAAAAUAAAACAAAGAUGAAUAAUAUAAAAAAUACAGAAAAAAAACAAAAUUCAAGAAACAUUACUGAUUCAAAUACACGAGAUAAUAUAAAAAUAAAUAAAAAUGAAAAAGAAAAUUUUGAUAAAUCUAAUAGUAAUGAUUCGAAAAAAAAUAAAAAAGUUUUAAAUAAUAAAAUCAAAAAUCUUAGGCAUAGUUACAGCAACAAUAGUAGCAAUACAAAUAAAAAAGACAAAACUUCAAGUUCAGUAGAUUCUGAUAAUGACAUGAACAAAUUUUCAGAGCCAGCCACAGCGAAUAGCUUAAAAAGAAGCAAUAGCUUAACAAAAAAAUCGAACGAAAAAAAUGGAAACGAAAAAAAAAUGAGCGAAACAAAAUCGAACGAAAAAAAUGGGAACGAAAAAAAAAUGAGCGAAACAAAAUCGAACGAAAAAAAAAUGAACGAAAAAAAAAUGAAUGAAAAAAAAUCGAACGAUAGUGAUGAUAACAAUUCAAGUGAAUCGACGUCAUACAAUUUGAAAAAAAAGAAUAGACUAAGUAGUUAUGAUAGUGAAACAUUGAAAAAGCAAUCUAAAAAAAAUAAAAAUUUAUCUGAAAAUUCGAAUAAAAAAGAAGGAAAUAAAAAGAGUGUUUUAAAUAAUAAAAAAAAUGUAAAAGGAAAAAAUGAAAAUGAUUAUUCAACUUCUGAAGAUGAUACAAAUAAAAAAAAUAAAAAUAAAAAAAGUGGAAAUGUAAAAAAUAAAGGGAAAACGAUUAUAGAAAAUGAAAAUGAAGAAGAAGAAGAUGAAGAAGAAGGAAAUGAGGAGGCGGAAGAAGAUGAAGAAGAAGCAAAUGAGGAAGAGGAUGAAGAGGAUGAAGAGGAAGAAAGUGAUGAGGGAUACAAACGAAAUAGAUUAAGAAGAUCUAAUAGUGUAAAAAAUAAAAAAAGUGGAAUAAAUCGAAAUAAUCGAAAUAGUAAAAUUGUGAAAAAAAAUAAAAAUAUAAAAUCGAAUAAAGAUAAAUGUGUAUCUAAUAAUAAAUCUGGAAAGAGUAAAAUAAAAAACGUAAAAAAUGAAGAAAACGAAGAAGAAGAAGAAAAAGAGGAGAGUUCAUAUUUUGAUGAAUAUAUAUAUUCUAAUGAAGAAAGAAAAGCAAUUUUAGAAGAAAAGGAAAGAAAAAAACAAAUAAAAGAAGGAUAUAUAAAAAAAAUGAAAUUAAAUAAAUAUGCAGAUGAUGAAACAAUCGAAUUUAUUAAUAAUCCAAAUUAUAUUAUGGUGUUAUUAUUUUUAACUAUUUAUAAAAAUAUUGUAAAAAUUGAAUGGAAUUUUAAAGAUGUAGAUGAUAUGUUUCAAAAUAAAGAAAAUACAGAAUUUGGAAGAAAUUUAAUUUUGAAACUAUUUUUUUUUUUAGGUCGUUAUUUUAAUUCUAAAUCAGUUUUUAUGUAUAAAUAUAUAUCUAGAAUAUUUCAAGAUAAACAAAAUGCUUUAGUAAAAGUUGUCAAAUUUAAUGAAUUAUUUCCAAUACUAAAUGAAAAUCCAAAUUAUAAAAAUAGUUCAGGAAGUAAUUCCAAAAAAAAAAAAGAUAAAAGAGGAAAAAAAAAUAAAAAUAUCAUAAAAACAGAUGAAAUGUUUGAUGGGCUUGUAGAAAAUGAAGAUCAUAUUGAUUAUCCAAACGAAUUUGAUUAUGAUGCUCUUACACAUGAAGAGGAAGGAGAGGAAUAUGAUGAAUCAGAUGAUGAUGUAGAAAAUAAUGAGAUAAAAGAAAAUAGUGAAAAUGAUCAAACUUUUUCAGAAAUGGAAAAAGAUAAUAAUAUUGUUAAAGAUGAAAAUAAACUCGAUAAGAAAGAAGAUGAUGUAAAUUGCAAAAAUUCAUUCGACGUUGAUCACAACAUAAAGGAUGAACUUGCGCUCGAGCCGAAAGCCGAAAUGGUAAAGGCGGAGGAAAAUGAGGGGAAAAAGGGGGAGGAAGAAAAGGAAGAAAAGGAAGAAAAAAAGGAAGAAAAUUGUGGAGAAAACCAUGGCGAAAAUGGUGGUGGUGGUGAUGGUGGCGAUGGUGGCGAUGGUGGCGACGGGCUGAGCAAAAAGCUGUUUUUAGAGUGGAGCGAUUUGAACAUAAUAUCAAAAUUAAGAAUCAUUAGAAUGUUAUUAAAUUUAGUUUUAUGCGAAAGUAAUAAUUUAAAAAAAAUGAUAUCAUCUGAAAAUAUUGAUUUAAAUAAUGGAUAUUUAGGAAAAAUAAAUAGUGAUAAAUAUUGGUUCAUUUUUAAUGAUACAGUUAAUAUUGAAUUUAAAUUAUAUGUUGAAAGAGAAGAGAAGGGUAUUUUUGAAUUUGUUUGUGAUAAUGAUGAUGUUUUAUAUACAGUAGGAUAUAAUAUGUUAAAACAUGCAAAUACAAAAGAAAUGGGUGAUAUGUUAAUAGAAAAAUAUAAUAAAAUUUGUAGAGAAAGAAGAAAUCGAAAUCGAAUUUUAAAACAACAAAAAAAAUUAUAUGAUAAUUUAAAUAAUGAACAAUUAUUAUAUGGUUCUAAAAAAAGGCAACAUAAGCAAGUAGAACAUUUUAGUUUUGAUGAUGAUAAAAUGCGAAAAAAAAAAAAUGAAAAUAUAAUUGGUAAUAAUCCUUACUCUUUACAAAAAAAUUCAUAUCAAAAGAAUGACAGAUCUUACAGAUUAGCAACAAGAAAUGCACAAAAAGAAAAUGCGGAAAAUGCGGAAAAUGUGGAAAAUGUGGAAAAUGUCGAAAAUGGAGAAUAUUUUGAAGGUUGGAGAAAUGGUGAAAAUGGAAAUAGUAGUAGCAAUGUUUUAGGAAUGAAUGAUGAAAAGGUGGGAAGAUUAAAUAUGAUGGAUAGUGGUAAUAAUAAUAAUUACCAGAGUGGAAACAUAAAUAAUAUUAACAAUUCGAAUGUGGGUGUAGUUGUAAAAGUACCAUUAAAAAGAGGAAGAAAAAAAAAAUCUGAAAAAAAAAAACGUGGUCGGAAAAAAAAAAUAGUUAUAGAAGAAGGUAUGGAUCCUAAUAAUUCAUUAAAAAAUGAAAUAAAAAAAAUAAUAAAAACAAAAAGAGCUCCAUAUACAAAAAGAAGUGUUAAACCAAUUGUUUCGAUAAAAUAUGGAACUAGAAGCAAUUCUUUAACAAAAUAUGAAAGUGAGCAAAUGCAAUUUAAUAUGUAUGAUAUAAAUAAUCAUCAAAAUUUACAAAAUAGUAAUUUUUAUAAAAAUAAUAAUAUAAAUAAUAAUAAAAUUUUUAAUCCUAAUAUUCAUUUAAAUAAUUUUUAUAAUCCUAAUAUAUCAGGGCCAUAUAAUAUACAUAAUAACAUAAUUAAUUUGAGGAAUCAAAAAACAAAUCCUCCUAAUAAUUAUAAUUUUCCUUAUAUUUAUAACCCACCUUUAUAUAAUCAAUAUUACAUGUAUAAUGGUUCUAUGUAUAUGUACAAUUCAGGAAUAAAUGGAAAUCCAAUUAACAAUUCUAAUAAUCUAAAAGAUGAAAAAAAUGAAAAUGGAUAUAUAAAUGAUACACCACUUGACCCAACCAUUAGAAAUGAAAUUACAUCAAUUGGAAAUAAUAACAAAACUGCGAAAAUGAAUCAAAUUAGUGAGCAUGCAAAUGAUAUUGGUAAUGUUACUAAUUCGGGUCUGAAAAUAAAUGGUGUGCCUCAAAAUGGGAAUGAAUUGGGAAAUAUAAAUCGAGGAAAUGUUGAUAAUAAUAAUAAUGUGGAAUCAAAUAAUAAUGAUUCUAUUCAUAAAUAUAAUUCUUACAUCUCAAAUAGAAGUAAUAAUACAGUGAAUCAUAUGAAUGAUCAUCAUAUAUAUAACCCUAUGUAUAAUUUAAAAUUUCCAUAUGUAAAUAAUGAUAUAUUGAAUUAUAAUUAUAAUUUAGCUAAUUAUCAAAAUUAUAAUUAUGAUAAAACGAAUAAAAAUAUGUUUAAAAGAUAUCCUAAUUUUAUUCCAAAUAAUUUCCCACAAUAUAAUAAUAUGCACAUGUAUCCAGGGUUUAAUUCGUAUCCCAUGAAUUACCAAACAGGGCAAGGAGCUCCGAUUUUGAAAAGUAAUUUUAGUAAUGAAGCGAACGAAAUUGUAGAAACGAAUGCAAGCAAUGUUGCUACUGCCACUGUCAACAAUAAUAAUGAUAAUAGUGUGGGAAAUGGGUUAGAAACCAUUUCUAAAAUGAAUGAUGAUAGCAAUUUAAAUAGAAUUAUGAAUAUGAAUAAUGAAAUUAUAAAAAAUGAUGAUAAAUUAUAUGGUGAUGUACAAACUAGUGUGAAAAUAAAUGAAGAUUCUAUUAAAUUAAGUAAUGAAAAUGAAAAAAUAGGAGAUCAAAAUGUUAUUAGUAGUGGUGAUGUAAUAAAUAAUCAAGUUAAUUUGUCAGUGGAAAAUAGUUCUAAAAAUGUUGAUGGAAAUGGAAUCUAG